AUCCGUGAUUCUGAGGGAAACCCUUUACAACAACAAAGGCGUGGACCAAGGUCCGAGCCCUCUGAGCCCGCGUAUUGAACCCAUCCAGCUCUCUCGAAGUCACUGACCUCGCCUGCCUAUUGAACCCAUCCAGCUCUCUCGAAGUUUCAAAGAGAUCAGCUUUCUCCUCUUGCAUUUGUGGCCACAAUUUAUUUUUUAAUUUCUCUAAAGACCCCAUUAACUUGCUUCUGAAUUCUGACAAAGUCCUUGUCUUUUCCCUUUUCCUCUUUCUUUUUUUCUCUUGGUAACAGUCAUGGAGUGUUGCAGAGCUGCCACUUUUCUUUCUGCUCCUUCUUCCCAUCUAAAUCUCGGAUUCCAGGGAUUCCCUUCACCACCUGUUUCUAGGAGAUUAAAUAAUAGAAUUCUAUAUCAAAGGGAUGUGAUCCUCCAUUCUAAACGGUUUAUUCAACCUAAUGACAGAGUUCGGCCAUUGUAUUACAGAAAUUAUUGCUCACCAGCCUCUAGAGGAUCCAUAUUUGCUGAAUCGGGCAGACAGUCUUGGGACAUUGGUAGAUUUUUAAAAACUGUUUACUUUUUCAGUGGACCUCCAUCUCCUGCUAAGUUUUUUGAAUUUCUGCUAGAAAAACUUUCAAGCUCAGGAUCUAGUGAACCAGUCAUGGCAAAGGAAAAGCACGAUGUGGUCCUUGUAACGGGAGCAACUGGGGGAGUGGGGAGACGGGUGGUUGACAUCUUGUAUAAGAAAAGCUUACCAGUUCGAGUUCUGGUUAGAAAUGAAGAGAAGGCAAGGACUAUACUUGGUCCUGACAUUGACUUGAUUGUUGGAGAUGUAACAAAAAAGGAUACUCUUGCUCCUGAGUACUUUAAAGGUGUGAAGAAAGUUAUAAAUGCAGUUUCUGUCAUUGUUGGUCCAAAGGAAGGUGAUACUCCAGACAGGGCCAAGUACAGCCAGGGAAUCAAGUUUUUUGAGCCAGAGAUAAAAGGUGAUUCCCCAGAAAUGGUAGAGUACAUUGGGAUGCAAAAUUUGAUCAAUGCUGUAAAGGAAAGUGUUGGAUAUCAGAAUGGAAAAUUGCUCUUUGGGUUUCAAGGUAAUUCACCUGGAAAAUUUGUUUGGGGUGCUCUAGAUGAUGUUGUAAUGGGAGGUGUGAGUGAAAGUACAUUUCAAAUAGAUCCUUGUGGCGGUGAAAAGGGUGGACCUACUGGGAUAUUUAAAGGGAUUGUCUCAACAGCAAAUAAUGGUGGCUUUACCAGUAUCAGAACCAAGAACUUUUCCGUACCUGAGGACCUUUCUGCCUAUGAUGGUAUUGAAAUACGAGUUAAAGGUGAUGGUCAUCGAUAUAAACUCAUUGUUCGCACUAGUGCUGAAUGGGAUACUGUGGGCUAUACUGCAAGCUUUGACACUGUGAAAGGACAAUGGCAGACAAUAUGCCUACCAUUUUCUUCUUUGAGACCUGUAUUUCGAGCUCGGACGGUAUCAGAUGCUCCACCUUUUAACCCAAGCGCAGUAGUAUCGCUACAGCUUAUGUACAGCAAGUUUGAAUAUGAUGGGAAGCUGAGCCCAACUUUUGAGGAAGGAGCUUUUGCACUUCCUGUUUCCUGUAUAAGAGCAUACAUAAAGGAUCCUAUCACACCCAGGUUUGUACAUGUGAGUUCUGCUGGGGUUACAAGACCUGACAGACCAGGACUAGAUUUGAGUAAACAACCUCCUGCUGUACGCUUAAACAAGGAGCUGGGAUAUAUCCUCACAUUUAAGUUGAAGGGGGAAGAUGUGAUUAGGGAUAGUGGCAUUCCAUACACAAUAGUAAGGCCUUGUGCUCUGACUGAGGAGCCUGCUGGAGCUGAUCUUAUUUUUGAUCAGGGCGACAAUAUUACGGGGAAAAUAUCAAGGGAAGAGGUUGCUCGUAUAUGUGUUACUGCUUUGGAAAGUCCACACGCAUGCAACAAGACAUUUGAGGUGAAAAGUACUGUACCAUUUAGUGAGCCAUUUGUGGUCAACCCAAACACCCCACCCCCUGAAAAGGACUAUGAUGUUUAUUUCAAGGCUCUAGAGGAGGGUAUCACGGGUAAGGAAGCCUUGGAGAGGAGCCCUAUGCCAGUUUAGUUCCUUUUUACCCUUCUGUAUCGUGUGGAAUGGGUGUAAUGUUCAGAUGUAGGAUUUUUCAUAGUUCAUACCACAAUUUUGUGCAUAUUAUUAUGUAUGUAUUAGCUAGUGUGUACAUGGACCCUUUGAGAAUUUCAUCAGGAAUUGGUCAAACUGUUAUCUGUCAUUCUUCUUCAUCUAAGAUCUCUUUCAAUAAAUAUGUUAGUAUUUUUGGUUUUAAAAA